GUUGAUCUUAUCUUGUAAGUCAUAAUUUGUGAUCAUGGCGUCCCUAUUACUGGCACCUGGUUUAACAGUGAUAAUUUUAACCGUAGCUUUAGAAGCAUUCUUCCUCGGAAGUUCCAAGGUAUGCUACAAGGAUCUUGACUGCUUUACCAAAGAUGCACCAUUUACCAAUUCAUUUGGAACUCUACCAGAAUCCCCGGAUGAACUUCAAAUCAAGCUGUUAUUGUUUACAAGGAAUCAUAAGGCAGUUGGUCAAGCUGUUGUGUACAACGAUCCACAGUCUGUACAGCAAUCUGGAUAUGAUUCAACAAAACCUCUCAAAGUACUCAUACAUGGGUAUAUGAGUCAGGGAGAUGCGGAUUGGGUUAUAAAUAUGAAAGAUGCUUUGCUACAGAAGGGCGACUUUAAUGUAAUGACUGUAGAUUGGCGAAUAGGAGCUCAUAAAAUUUAUAACCAAGCAACAGCAAAUACAAGAUUAGUUGGUGCAGUAAUAGCUCGUAUGCUUAAUGUCCUGAAGGAUGACUUUGGGUGCGAUACAAACUCAAUACAUAUUAUUGGUCACAGCCUGGGCGCACAGACUGCAGGAUAUAUAGGUCAAAGGGUACCAGGUCUAGGGCGUAUAUCAGGAAUGGACCCUGCUGGACCAUUAUUUGAGAAUUACAGUGAAGAUGUCAAAUUGGAUCCUUCUGAUGCCAAAUUCGUGGACGUCAUACAUUCUGAUGCUGUACCAUUAACACAAACUGGCUUUGGUACAAGCAAGCCUUGUGGUCACAUCGACUUUUUCCCAAACAGUGGUCACCACCAACCUGGAUGUCCCCCACCAUACAAGGCUACAGCAGAGGAACUUCUUACACUACACUUUUCUGUGGCUUUUAAUGAGUUAGCAUGUAGUCAUCAGCGAGCUUACUACUAUUUCACUGAAUCGAUCUUGGACACAUGUAAAUUUACUUCAGUCCAAUGCACGUCAGAUAAAGAUUAUGCUGCAGGGCAUUGCUCUUCGUGCGGAGAUGGACCGUGUCCCGUAAUGGGAUACGACGCUGAUAAAACACAACAACGUGGAACGUUCUACUUAAAAACUAACAGUAAAAGUCCUUUUUGUGUUUCUUCAAACUGAAUUCCAGUUAGCUUUUAAAAGCUGUGCACAUAUCCUGAAGCAGAUUAUAGAGUCUUUUUUGCUUUAAUGUUAAAUAAAAUUAUA